AUGGCGGAACCGAGUCGAAACGGCGGCGCUUCGGCAUCCUUAUUGGAAAUCGGGAUUCCGACCGGUUUGAACCGGAUAAAGACGCGGCGAGUCGACGCCAAUUCAGGAGCUGAGGAUUCCGACCACUGUAACGACUCGCCCAGCGGCGAAUUUUCGAUCGCGGGAGCUCACGUGAAGCAGAAGCUCAAGGCUCCGACGAAAGGACACGUGAAAUUGGGUCGCGCGAAAGAAGUAUUCCGCAAAGGGAGGAAGAUAGCACGGUGGUUUACGCCAUCCUCUUUUGAGGUUUCUGAUCAAGAUAUACGUAAUUACCCAAGCACCGAGCCUAGUGCUUUGGAGUGUAACAGCUGCGACAAAGUGGAUCCUCGAGAAAAAUUUCUCAAGAUGUGGAAGAAUAUAACUGGGGAUCCACCAAAAAUUGAACCUGCUUAUAAGGUGUCGAAAUAUGUAAAAAGUUUUUCACAUGAAUUGGGUCCGAAAGGUGGCAUUCAACCUGCACAUCCAAGGGCGCACAGCUUUAAUGAUUUGAAGGAACUUUUGGGUUCACUACGUUCCAGAUUUGAUGCUGCAAAAGAAGUUGUAGACAUAGAGCUUCGUAGUUUUUCACAGGAGAUACUGGACACAUUGCAGAAAGAUGAUUCUCUGAGAUCAGAUGAAUGUAUGAUGGCAGAGGAACUUUUAUUUCUUGUCCAGCAAUGUAUUUCCAUGUCUUCCUCAGACUUCCGAACAAAAUGUGAAACGAUUGUCCAGGACUUGACUGUGAAGAGACAGAAAUGUGAAGCUGGAUUGUUGAAAAUACUAUUUACCCGCAUGCUAUUCAUAUUGACUCGGUGUACAAGAUUGCUGCAUUUUGAGAAGGAUAGUGGGCGUGUGAAUGAGCAAUCCCUGGACAGAUUCAGACAAUGUUUAAAGAGAAUCCCAUCAGUUGACAUGGAUUGGGUUGUGAAUAAGGGCUUUGCAGAUACUGAUGCUGGUUUUGUUAUAGAACAAGUUAAUACCAAGGAACAGUUUCAGGGAAAAGACCAUUCAGGUGUUCCUUUCCAGGAGAAUGAGAGCAGGUUGAAGGAUCCUGCUGAGGAGCAGGACAUAGAAAUCAGAAAGAAUCGUAUGUCUAUUGAACAAAAAAGAUCUCAAAGUGAAUUUAGUGAUCUUUCAGAUCCUGAGCAAUCUGAUAGAAUUGAUGACAUGUUCCUGAUAGAAUCCCAAAAUAAAGCGAAAGAGAACUAUGCAGAUGAUUCUAACUUGGUUAUUUGUCGGAUAUGUGAAGAAUUUGUACCUGCUGUUCACUUGGAGCCACAUUCUUAUAUAUGUGCAUUUGCAGACAAAUGGGUUUCCAACCAUCUGGAUGUGAAUGAGUGCCUGUUGAAGCUUGCGGAGUUAUUGGAACGCUUGUUAGAGUUGCGCAAUUCAAGGAAUCGUGAAACCUACAUGAACCCUGAGAUUUUGAGAAUGCGGUUCAGUAAUUCUGCUAUGACAGCAGAAACUCAUUCACCAAAGUGCAGUGAGUGGCAAAGUAAGGGAAUGGAUGGAAUGUUGGAGGAUCUCCAUGAGAUGGACACUGCCUGCAUUGAUGAUUCUCAUCUGGCAAACUUGGUUAGCUUGAAAAGCCACUUGCUAAACAAGGUAAAUCAUUACGGCUCACCAUCUUCUAAUUGGAGCAUGACAUCAACAUCAUCCGCAAAUAGCCCUCGGGGAAAUAUCGACAUCUUUUGGUUAGACCAAAGUAAUUUUUCGGAACAAGAAGAUAUGCAACAGAUGCAUGACCUUGCUGAUAUUGCUCGAUGCGUGGCAGGGACCGAUUUUACGGAAGAAGGGUCCAGUGAGUUUUUACUUGCCUGUAUGCACGACCUGAAAGAGGUUUUACAACAUAGCAAGUACAGUGCUCUUUUAGUGGAUACUUUUGGUGGACGAAUAGAAAACCUUCUGAGGGAGAAAUAUAUACUUGCUUGCAAUCAAGUGGUUAGAGAUGAUGCUGGGCAUCCAGAUAGCGCAAGAUCUUUAGUGGAUAGUGCAUCUCAGAGUAGUACAACGUCAACACCUUCACAUCCUGCCCAUAAAGAACGUACAAGCAUUGAUGACUUCGACAUUAUAAAACCUAUCAGCAGAGGAGCAUAUGGCAAAGUCUUUCUGGCUAGGAAGCGGAUUACAGGGGAUCUGUUUGCUAUUAAGGUGCUCAAGAAAUUGGAUAUGUUACGGAAGAAUGAUAUUGAUCGCAUAUUGGCCGAGCGUAACAUAUUAAUCACAGUGCGGAACCCUUUUGUGGUUCGGUUUUUUUACUCAUUUACCAGUACAGAUAACCUGUAUUUGGUCAUGGAAUAUCUCAAUGGUGGAGAUUUAUAUUCUCUGCUAAAAAAGGUUGGUUGCCUUGAAGAUGCUGUUGCUCGUACCUACAUUGCUGAACUGGUACUUGCACUAGAAUACCUUCAUUCUCUUGGAAUAGUACAUCGUGAUCUGAAACCAGACAACAUAUUAAUUGCCUAUGAUGGACAUAUCAAGCUUACUGACUUUGGAUUGUCCAAAAUUGGCCUGAUGAAUUGCACUACUGAGCUAUCCUCGCGAGAGACAGAUAACAGCAUCAAUCUAGAUAUAAAUGGUCAGCUCAGCGCAGAUAAAAUGGAUGGUGACCAGUCAGCUGCUGGUACCCCAGACUAUUUGGCACCUGAAAUUCUUCUUGGAAAAGAACAUGGUUAUGCUGCAGAUUGGUGGUCAGUUGGAAUAAUCUUGUUUGAACUUAUAACUGGAAUCCCUCCUUUCAAUGCUGAUCACCCGGAGAAUAUCUUUGACAAUAUUCUAAACAGAAAAAUCCCCUGGCCGUCGGUUCCUGAUGAGAUGUCUUGCCAGGCUCAAGAUCUGAUUGACAGGCUUCUUGUUCACAAUCCAGAUGAACGGCUUGGAGCAAAAGGAGCAUCUGAGGUAAAAGCACAUUCUUUUUUCUCAGGAGUGGACUGGGAUAAUCUUACCUUACAAGAGGCUGUAUUUGUACCACAACCAGAGCGUAUGGAUGAUACUAGUUACUUUGUAUCACGAUAUAGUUCAAAUGGAAUGGAAGUUGAUCAAAGUUUUAGGGAUUCAGAUUUUGACAUCUUGGAAUUGCAAACACAUACUGGUGGAGAGAUGGAUGAAUGCGGUGAUCUUGCCCGGUUCGAUUCUUCACCGCUCGAUCUGUCAUUGAUGAAUUUCUCUUUCAAGAAUUUAUCACAGCUGGCGUCCAUUAAUCAGGACGUGCUGUUGCAGAGCGUGAAGGGAUCACCUAGGUGCUCCUCGCCUAGCAAAAGCCCGAACCCGACCCAGCCCUGA